GUCACGUUCUCCAGAAGCCGCAGAGAGGAUCUCUCGAGCUGUUGCGGGCUUCGGCCGCUACCCGAAGAACAGGCAGGCCAUCGGCCUGAAGUCGGACGCCAGCGGGGCGCUGCGGCUCGAGGACAUCAUGACCACGUGGGGCGAGAAGCAGGGCUUCACCGAGAAGGAGGUGCUCCACGCGCUCCGCAGGCACAUGUUCCACGACGACGAGCCGGACCAGCGCGGCCAGGGUGCCCUGCGAUUCGCCAUAGACAGCGACGCGUUCGGCAGCAUCAUUAUCAAGGUGCUGCCCAAGAAGCGGAAGCCAGCGCUGGAGGAG